UCUGAUUCACUUGAACAAACACGAGGAAGGAAAGCGUCACACUAACUAAGUGCUAGAAAAACAUUCAACGUCGGACUCUCAUCACUUCACCCCGCAGACAUGGAUUGUGGAAUCAUAACAUCUAAAACCGUCCUCUUACUUCUCAGUUUAAUAUUUUGGGCUGCUGGAGUGGCCCUUGCCUAUGUUGGCUCUUAUGUGAUAAAAAGCUACAAAAACUUUGAAGAUUUUGUGGCUGAUAGAUACAAUCUCAUCCCUGCUGCCAUUAUCAUCGGAGUGGCCGUGGUCAUGUUUGUCAUCGGAAUCCUUGGCUGCUGUGCAACUUUGAAGGAGUCCAAAGUUGGUUUAGGCUUUUUCCUCCUUAUCAUCUUGUCAAUCUUCGCUGCGGAAGUGACUGCUUUUGUGUUUGGCUUCAUCUACAGAGGCAGAAUUAAAGGAGAUUUAGAAAAGUCGAUGAGUGGUGUCUUCAAAAAGUAUGAUGGUCUGAACAGUGAAACUCAAGCAGUGGAUUACUUGCAGACUCAGCUGGAGUGCUGUGGAGUGCAGAACUACACAGAUUGGACAGCCACACCGUGGUUUGGCCAACAUAACAACUCCGUACCGCAAUCCUGCUGUAAAGCCAAUUCUACACAAUGUAGUGGCCUACUCAGUCAACCAGAACUUUUGAACACACAGGGAUGUGAGUCUAAACUGGAGGAGAUGCUUCAGGGUGUUCUUAGCUAUGCAAUGCUGGUCAUCCUGGGAUUUGCUAUCAUACAGUUGUUUGGGAUGUUCAGCAUCUGUGUCAUCACCUGUAGAAGCAGGAAGAAUGACUACCAGCCUUUGUAUGCGUGACCGUAAGAUGAAGACUCCUCAAUACCUCACUGUGACUGUCUGUGCACUCUCUAUACUGUGCAGCUAUACACAACCUUAUCAGCACCAUAGAGAACGAGAUUUGAAGUGUGACAAAACUUAAAAUAUUUCACAUUUAGGAAAGUAACAUGUUUAAUGCAUUCAGUCUUCAUGCAAAUGCAUCUUGAAGGCCUAAAGAGAUGGGACAGGAUUCAAAGGAGGCAGGAAAUAACAUUGAACAUUUUGAGGGUUCUAAAAACUCUUAAGCGCCUCUUGUUUUUCGACUACUGUAUAAUAAUAGACUUUAACAAAUACUGUAUCUCCACAUGUUUUACGAAAUAUUUCUACAACAGAGCUUUGCCAAGUGUGUUAUAGAAUCUGCUUUAGGUCAAAAUGUAGAGAUGCACUUUUAAGGAUUUUAUGUUGUUUCUUUGUGUAGUAUACACACCAUGUUCGGUUCAGUAUUACAUUUUUUCUGCUGUCUAACUGACAUUUGUCUUUAUAGUAAUUUACUGUUCAUUUUGACUUGUCAUAUAGUAUGCAUAAUAUAGUCAUGUAUGUUUGUUAUGCCCAUAACAAUGGUUCAGUUCAACAGAGGGAAAAUAAAUUGUGGAAAUGAA